CUGGCUGGCUGGCUGGCUGGCUGGCUCACUGGCUGGCUGGCCUACUUGCUGAGUGCUAGUGGCCUCACCAACCUUACCGCGCUCGCUACUUGCUGUGCGUCAAAGUCUCCCAAAAACUCGUAUCGGUGGUAUCCCGGUGUUGUUUCUGGACUAUUGUCGUGUGAAAUGAUGUUGGAUAAGUGGUGAAACAGUGCUAGUGUGUUCUGAGGUGCGUUAAGGAACCUAUUCAGUGGAGAGUCCUGCUGUGUGUACCUGCAUUCCUGACCAGGAGGAGGAGGAGGAGGGUCGCCGUGGAGUGUGGAGGUGAUGGAGGGUAGUGGGGCCCGUGUGGCCGUCCUGGGGGACAGUAUCAAACACUUCCCCGCUGGACAACUCUCAGCUUUCGACAUCUCAGCUGCCAACGUCUCCAAGGAGGAUAUUCAGGUCCACAUAGUCAGUCCAGCCAAGCGCCCGGUCUCCUACCAGCUUAGUGAGAGCGGUGAAAAUGUGUAUCGUGUAGCGUUCGUGACGACGGAAGUUGGGUCGUACGUAGUGGACGUAGCCGUGGCUGGUCAGAAGGUGCAAGGGUCACCCUUCAUCGCUAAGGCGUACGACGCAGGUCUCAUCCGUGUAUCUGACGUGCCCAACGGUGUGGUGGGGCAGCCAUGCCAGUUCAGAGUGGACGCGUCACAGGCUGGUGAGGGACAACUGGAGAUCAGCAUCAAUGAUGGUGAGGUUCCCAACCACGUGCAAGUACUGGGUGGUGGACGCUGCCUGGUGUCCUUCACGCCAGACACUGCUAAGAUCCACACCAUCGACAUCAAGUUCAAUGGGGAGACAGUGCGUGGGUGUCCCUUCGUGUGUCGUGUGGCAGACACAUCGCGAGUAAGUCUGACGCUGCGUCACCUGGAGCUCAUCCCUGUGGGUCAACCAGCAGCCUUCAACAUCUCCGUGGACGGUGGCGGCUCUGCCGAGCUGACAGUCACUGUCAGAACCCCUAGCCACACCACCCUGCCCGUUCGUGUGUCUGGCAGUGUGAGAGCAGGAUUUAUAGCAGAGUUCAAACCAGUGGAGGUGGGCGCCCACACUAUCAUUGUUAACUAUAAUGAGUCUGCAGUCUCUGGCACUCCCUUCACUUGUAAAGUGUAUGACGCCUCCAAGGUGGGAGUGUCCCACCUGCCCAGAGGCGCUAUUGGCAAAAGCCUUCAGUUUGUAGUGGACGCAUCGGAGGCUGGCGAGGGCAAUUUGGAGAUCAGCAUCAGUGCAGCUGGCAGAAACAUACCCACGCAGGUCCAUCCUCAAGGCUCAGCCAGGUUCGCUGUGUCCUUUGUCCCUCUGGAAGCCAUCGAUCAUUCCAUUAAUAUAUCUUUCAACAAGGAACCAGUUCAAGGAUCUCCUUUUGUAGCCAAGGUACAAGCCGACCCCAACCGCAUUGUUGUGAGUGGACAGUCUUUAGCGGCCACAGCAGUGGGGAAAACAUCCUUCUUCACCAUCUCGAAUGUCACCGGUUCUGUGGAGGAUGUUGAGGUGUCUGUUGAGGGCCCCAAUGGACUUCCGGUGGCGGCGCAGGUCCGUGACAACGGUGACCACACCUUCAGAGUGGAGUUCGCACCGCGAAGUGCUGGUGAACACAGAAUCCACGUAGCGUACAGCGGCGAGGCCAUCCCAGGUUCCCCCUUCAGUUGUAAAGUGUACGAUGUGUCAGCCAUCAAGGUGCGGCCAGUUGAACGUGGCAUGGUGGCAAAGCCUGUCACCUUCCUUGUGGAGACGAAUAACGCUGGACCGGGUAACUUGGAGGUGACUGUCAACAACGGGCAGGUCCCUACCAGUGCCCAGGCUCAGGGCAAUCACGUCUACGCUAUCUCCUUCACACCCAAGGAAGCCAAGCCACACGUAGUAGAACUUAAGUUCAAUGGGGAGAACGUGCCAGGCUCACCUUUCUCGUGUGAGGUGGUGGACGUGUCACGAGUCACUGUGGCUGGCACUGGCCUGGAGAAGGUUCCUGUCGACCAGCCAGCCACCUUCACUGUCGACUCUCAGGCAAGCGUGGAUCAGCUGGAAGUGAAGGUGCUGUCACCGUUAAGAGUGAGUCUGGAGCCUCGCGUCUCUACCAACGACGAAGGCAAACUGCUGGUCGAGUACACUCCGACGGAAGUUGGUGACCACAGUGUAGAGGUGCGGGUAGCGGGCAUGCUGGUGCCAGGCUCACCCUUCCUGGUCAAAGCCUACGACGCUACCAAGGUCAGGGUCACUGAAGUAGCCACCGGUAUCGUAGCUAAGCCUGUCUACUUCUCCAUCGAUGCGUCACAAGCGGGCGCAGGCAACCUGGAGAUCAUCGUGUCUGUCAACGGCCGCAACGUUCCUAACUACGUGCAGUCUGAAGGUCACGCAAGAUUCCGCGUUAAUUUCAAGCCAAAGGAGGCCGCCGUGCAUACACUCUCCGUCAAGUUCAAUGGCUUACCUGUACCAGGGUCGCCUUUCAAGUGUCGUGUGAGUGACAGCAGCCAGGUAGUGAUAUCUGGUGCGGGACUCAAGAUGUCCUCUCUGGCUCGACCUGCAGUCAUCACAAUUGAUCCUCGCAGUGCUGAUGUCACAGAUUGUGUUGUCCAGGUGACGUCUCCGUCUGGGGCGCACGUGCCGGUCAAGCUGAGUGGUGAGCUGCCUAAUAAGCUGACAGCAGAGUUCCAACCCCUGGAGGUGGGUCCCCACACCAUUAACGUCAUCAUGGACGGUGAGAGCGUCGGUGGUUCACCCUUCACCUGCAACAUCUAUGACGUCACCAAGGUCCAGGUUAUCAGCCUGGACCACACCAAGGUAAACCGACCCGUGACAUUCACGGUGGACGCGUCUCAGGCUGGGGAGGGGACCCUGGAGCUGGUGGUGACUACAGCCAAGGCCUCAGUCAGGGCUGAGGUGGCCGCCAGGUCUCGUGGUCUUUAUGACGUCACCUUCACUCCACAUGAGCCCAUCCCACACUUCGUUAACAUCACCUUCAACGAAGAGGAUGUUCUGGGUUCACCCUUCAAGUGUGAUGUCCGAGAGCUGGAGCCUCGCGAGGUGCGCCAUCUGCAGCGCAAGGAGAGUCAGAUGGUGACAGCAAAGGGAGAUGGACUCAAGCAGGUGGUGACUGGCAGCACUGCGUCCUUCACGGUGGACACCAAGGGUCUGGAUGGUGAGCUGGACAUUCGUGUCACAGGCCCUGAUGGUGGACAGGUCCCAGCCAGGCUGGUCAAACUACGCAGCGGCCUCCAUCGUGCUGAAUACCGCGCAGACCAGGUUGGGUCCUACAGCGUGGCAGUGUUGCAUCAAGGUACACCCAUCAACGGUACACCGUACACUGUUGAAGCCGCUGACCCUCGUAGAGUUAACUUACAGCCUGCAGGAGAAUGCUUCUCUGCACAGGAGUGUGCUCUCAAGGUGGACGCAUCAGGUGCUGGUCGAGGAACACUGUCAGUAGGCGUGCGAGCAGCUGGCCAGGAUGUGAAGCACUCUAUCAGAGAUUUGGGUGGUGGGCUCUACAAGGUGCUCUUCUAUCCUAGAGCUCCAAUCCCUCACAAGGUGGAUAUCCGCUACAAUGGGGUCCCUGUCCAAGGAGGACCAUUUGAGGUAGGUGUUCGUAACCCUGCCACCGGCCACUCGGUGACAGCCACAGGCAUCGGCCUCCACCAGGCGAGAGUUAACAAGCCCACAUCAUUUGUUAUUGAGACCUUGGGUCAGCCUUCAAAGGAGUUUGAUGUGCUUAUUACUGGACCACAAGACUGGGCUGUUCCAGUUAAAUGUUACCAACAGAAGGAUGGAAACUUACUGGCCGAAUAUACCCCACACAUCCCAGGAACAUACAAAAUAGAGGUGAUGUGUUCCACAAAACAUGUCAAGGGCUCACCAUUCCAGUGUACAGCCUAUGAUGCCUCUAAAGUGAUGCUGGGUCACAGCAAAUUAGUAACUGCUGUUGGUGAACCAUGUUUGUUCAAAUUGGACAAGUCAGAAGCGGGUAUAGCUGACUUGGAGGUGCAUAUUGUAGCACCCUCAGGAGUGGUGAUGCCCCUGGAGGUGAAGAGUGGACCUGCGGGGGAGGCUGUGGAGUGGGUCCCGGAUGCCCCAGGACAGUACAGAGUUACUUUCCUUUAUGGAGGGGAAGAGGUACCAGGGUCACCGCUGACAGUGGAAGUGGGCGAGUCUGGGUUAGCUAGUGUGAAAGGCUCUGGACUAGAUGGUGGUGCAGUGGACACACCUCUCACCUUCACCAUCGAUGGACGUGGUCUCCUUGGAGAGCCCCAUGUCACUGUGGAUGGUCCAGACAGUGUUGCUCGUGUCAACGUUCGUAAACAAGAUGAAGGCCUUUACCAGGUAACAUAUGUUCCUCAUGAAGUGGGCAUCUUUGAUGUCCGUGUCCAGUGGAACAAACGGGAUGUUGCUGGCAGUCCAUUCCACCCUAAGAUUGUGGACCCUGCUCGUGUGAGACUCAUUGGUGGCUGGUCAAGUUUACAAGACGCAGAUGGCCGCCUGGAGCUGACACCUCGUGAGGAAAAACGGCUGGCCUUCGAUGUGAGUGAGGCUGGCCCGGGCAGACUCAAAGGUGAAGUUAUGCAUGAAGGCAGGCAAGUAGAAAUAGGCAUGGAUCAGAAUGGCUCUCGAGCACGUCUGCUCUUUACACCACCAGGUGAGGGUUCUUAUGAACUACGUUUGUGGUAUGCAGAUUUGCCACUGCCAGAUAUGCCAGUACUAGGUUGGGCUGAGCCAGUGUCUACAGGUGACCACACCAGAGUUACUCUGCAGGGUCACGGCCUCAACACAGCUCGCUGUGGAGACCAGUCAGAGUUCAUCAUUGAUGGCUCAGCAGCUGGCCCUGGUGCUCCAGAUGUAACCAUGAGUGGCACUAAGACUGACAUUUCUGUCUCAUUAACACACCAAGGAGGCGGCCUUUGGCGAGCAGUCUACACACCCAUCGUGCCUGGUGCUUAUUUGCUCAAUGUAAUGUGGUCGGACCGCCAGGUGCGAGGCUGUCCACUCAAGGUUAACGUCGAGAGUGCAGCAGAUGCUUCGCGGGUAGUGUGCUCAGGCGAAGGGCUCAGACAUGGGAUGGUUGGCAACGAAAUCAAGUCCUUCAUUGAUACUCGGCGGGCAGGUCCUGGCGAGUUGACUGUUACUUGCACAGGGCCACAGAAGGUGGCGCUGUGUGACUUAGAUGAACAUGGUGAUGGAACCUUCACACUCAACAUCAGGCCACAGGAGCCGGGUAGGCACGCCCUCAGUGUGAAGUACGAAGGGGAACACGUGCCCGGAUCUCCUUUCACACUCAAGGUGGCUGGUGCACCUGACCCAUCCAAGGUUCGUGUAUAUGGUCCUGGGAUUGAGCAUGGAGUGUUAGCAUCUUAUCAGAGUCGCUUCAUCUGUGACACUCGAGGCGCUGGGGCCGGACAGCUUACCGUUAGAAUCAGGGGACCAAAAGGUGCCUUCCGUGUGGAGAUGCAGCGUGAAUCUCAGAAGGACAGGACUAUUUUGUGCAAGUACGAUCCCACAGAGCCUGGGGACUAUCGCAUGGAGGUGAAGUGGUCGGGUGAACAUGUCCCUGGCAGUCCCUUCAUUGUUAUGAUCUUCGACACUCAGGAUGAGCUCAACAGAUAUAUGGCGGGUGGGUAUUCUCCCUCUGGACCUGGUGGAGCUCCUAGUGACUACUAUGGUAGUAUUGGCUAUGGUACUUAUGGCGCAGUUAGUUUUGGACAAAUGUCGUGGCGUGGUUCUCAAGCACAGUUGUGAAGGGGGCCAGGGUCCCCACCGAGCGUCGCUCCUCUCUAUAAUACCCCAUCCAGUAAUGGCUUCAGUCAUGGCUCUUCACCCUCUUCCCCCUCGCCCACCCGUGCCACACAGGUAGCCAAUGGCCGAGUGCUUACAACACCUCGUCAGGUAAAAGCUCUAGCCAAUGCCCGUCGCAGGAACAAACCCCUUGACAAAGUGGGUUACAGCCUUGCACCGCGACCGGCUCCUUCAGCACCCCAAAGACGAAGGCCCAUGUACAUGUCACCGUGGGCUUGGCCACCACACUUCCAUUUUAUGUCUUUGCCGCCCCCAUCUCAGAAGGGUCGCAUGACCCCCCGACGUUCGACGCCCAUGAAUGACCCCGUGUAUUCCGGCAUCACCCUGCGCCAAUUCCGCCGGUACCAACUCAUCACCAACAAUUUAUAGGGUGGUGGACCCUGGUCUCUCCCAGCAGGGCUUCCUUAUAUAAAAAUAUAGGCACUCACUUGCUCAGGUUCUUACUCUGGACCCUUACUAGGCUCAGUGCCCUUCAUCAGCUCUCGACCAUUGAACAGUUGGCCCACUAUAAUAUUACCUUUGGCCACAGUUACAACAUAGCCUCUCAUAAUCAGCAAAGCAUCCUUCACUCUCUCUUUACAAAUAAAAUGGAUAAUCAGCCAUAUUUCAUUCUCCCACAUCAGUACAGCAUAAUGUUAAGCAGCGAGUGAGGACAUGAGGAGCAGCAGCUUGUGGAAGCUGGUGUGAGUGUAGCAACUGGCUGGUGUCAUGCUGGGUGACACCAGGUUAGGUUCUCACAUCUCCCCUACCUCCUUUACCUUGUGCUGAUAUUCAUCUGGACUUUGUUACAUCAUCAUAUGAGACAUGUGCAAAACUGUACAAAGAAAAAUAAAAUUAACAUUUUUUAAAACUCUACCAAGUACAUAUAUACAUUCUCUUGACCAUUUAAAAGAUCAAAAGUACUUUUCAUAUUUUAUAUCAUCCAGACAUAUUACUCAACUUGAAGUCCCACUUGUGUGUAGUUAUUACCAUUACUGUUUCUUACUUUUAUUUAUUUCAAGUAAGAUGAGAGGGCAUCACAGGUGUUAAUUUCAUGCUGAUCCUUCCAUAAGAAAGGAGCCUAGCUUAAGUCAUCAAAAAUGUUAUAUCAUUAAUAUAUUUAAUAAUAUUACACAAGAGUCUAACUAUUUGUAAAUGUUUAAUUAAUAAAAAAUACUAAUGAGAAAAUUA